GCAUAAUUUGCGACUAUCAUAAUGUUUUACAGUUUUCUAUGCUAAACUCAGCUGACAUGGCUACUUCGAAUUCAUUCAUGAAUUUCAUUGCUAACUAAGAUUUACAAAAAGCUCAAAAUAUUAUCAAUUAUAGUUGUUGUUAUCGGUGCAUAAGAUAGUAAUUAAAAGAAGGAUAUGGCAAGCAAAGGGAGAAUACGUGUGGGAUCAAGAAAAAGUGAGUUGGCUGUUAAACAAACUCAAUACGUUAUUGAUCGUCUGCAAAAAUUGCACCCAAAGAAAACGUUUGAAAUUCGUACUAUGACAACUAUUGGCGAUCGCAUUUUAAACAAAUCCCUGCCAAAGAUUGGAGAAAAAAGCCUCUUUACCAGAGAUCUCGAAGAUGCUCUGGAAAAUGGAGAUAUUGACUUAAUAGUUCAUUCUUUAAAAGAUUUGCCCACAACGUUACCUAACGGUAUGAUCAUUGGGGCUGUUUUAACGAGAGAAGAUCCUCGGGAUGCCCUAGUUCUCAAGCAGAAAUUCGAUAAAAAUACUACUCUAGGUGAUUUGCCGAAAGGAAGUGUAAUCGGUACCUCUUCACUUAGACGCACCGCCCAACUGAGAAGACGGUUUCCCGAUUUGACAGUAUGCGAUAUACGCGGCAAUUUAAAUACUAGGCUUGGAAAGUUAGAUGCCGACGACUCGAAGUUUGCCGGCAUUAUAUUAGCUUACGCUGGAUUGGCUCGUAUGGGUUGGAAAUCUCGUAUUAACCAGAAAUUGGAACCCUCUGAACUGCUGUAUGCGGUUGGUCAAGGUGCUUUGGCAGUUGAAUGUAGAGCAAAGGACACUGAAAUUUUGGAAAUGCUAGGCAGCGUUAUGUGCGACGUUAAAACUGCUUGUUGUGUUUUAGCUGAGCGUAGUUUUUUGAAAACACUUGGCGGCGGCUGCAGCGCUCCUGUGGCAGUAGUUAGUGAAUUCAAUGGUAAACUUCGUUUAGAUGGAGCAGUAUGGAGCUUAGAUGGCACGACAGAAAUUCGUGACAAAAUAUCACAUCCAAUGGACGUUGAAAAGGGCAAGACAAUAGACAUUCUAAUUAAUACAGGUAUAGAAGACGAACCACCAAGAAAAAAGACGCGGUUAAAUGAUACCACUACUAAUGCCUUAGGAAUCGGAAAUAUCACCCCCACUCCAGUUAUUGACAAUACGAAUUUUACAAAGUUGUCGAAAGGUUUUGAUAUUAAAGAUUUGGUUGAAAAACAUGUUAGUUUGGUAAAAGAUUGCCCGGUUAGAAGUUCAAAACUACUGAAAAACUACGAAAAUACUGAAAAGAAUAACGAAGAAAUUGUUCAUGCUAAUCAACUGCCCACCGAUAUCGGUUUAGAUUUUAUGGGCCAGUGUCCCUUUGUAAAUAAUGAUAUGAAAAUUGCGCAUGCUAUCUCUGAUAAAUGCCCAAUAAAAUCAAAAUUUGAUCAAAAAGAUUGGACAAAUAUUCCAACUUCUUCUAAAUGCCCUUUUACGGCCCUUUUAAACGCGAGUACCGAUCAUAUAAUUUCGGACUCUGCCCACAAGGCGAAUCUCUCUUCGCAAAAGAUAACAUUAAACGAUGUUACGGAGAAGUGCAAACUAAAAACUGAUCAAGUAAAUAAUGAUAUAAAUGAAAAUGUGUUUUGCGGUAUAUACCAACACAGUCUCCCUCCUCAUAACCGUGAGCUUUAUGAAAAAAGUAGAAAAUUGGGUCAAAUGUUGGCGGAGCAGUUAAUCGAGAAAGGUGCUUGGGAUGUAAUGAAAUCGGCUCAAAGUGAAAUUCAUGGGAAAACGUCCUAAGUAACGAUCUAUGUGUAACGAUAUACGAUCGAUUUACCUUGAAUAAUUUGUGUUAGAAGGAAUACAAAGAGAGAUAAAUUCCAUUUCAAUUUAUAAUGUGCUCAAAUGAUUUAUUAAAAUGUAUUUGAUUACAUCAUAAAUUCUUUCGUGCUAGUAUCUUUUAAAGUAAUCGAUAUUUUUUGAAAUGUUUUAGUUAAAAAAAGUUUUGUUAU